AUGGCGUCUACAGCGGAUCAAGCCCCCACGGCACCACAGAGCACUCCACAACAAGCGGGCGCAGGGUCGCGACCACAGAGCAGGAGCGACCAAGGUCUGUCGUCAAGCCCAGUCGAGAUGAGGACUCUCCAGGCGUCGGGCGUCGUGCCAGCCUCUGCGAACACGGGCACGCAGGUUGCAGAGACACCCGUUACAGCUCCGAUAGCGACUUCCACACCACCUGCAGUCGAGACCAGCGCCUCUGAGAAUGCGCCUGUCGCUGCUUCUCCGUCUGCGAAACCCGCACCUCCCGCUGCGUUAAAUCGCGCAGAGACCGAGGCGAUUGGGCCGUCGACGGAUACACCAGCUGCAAACCCAGACAACACCAACGGCCCCGUGCUCGUGAUAAUGCUGCUCCUCACUAGUGGUGCGAGACAUCCAUACAAGAUCGAGGAGAAGUACCUGAAGAAGCGCAACAUCAACGUUGAGAACAUGGACCCCUACAACAUCAGUGUAUACACGCUCAAGGAGCUGAUAUGGCGGGACUGGCGAGAAGAAUGGGAGACUCGACCUACGUCGCCAGUCUCGAUACGACUGAUCCACUUUGGUCGCAUGCUCGACGACAAAUCGCCACUAAAAGAUUGCCGGUUCCAGACAGACUCCCCUAACGUGGUGCACAUGACAGUUAAGCCACAAGAGAUGGUCGACGACGAAGAAAACGCUAAGACCGGAAAGACUGGGAGCCGAAGAGAUACCGAAGAUGAGCCUACAGCUGGCUGCCGCUGCAUCAUCUUAUAG